CGCUUGGACAUCUAUUAAUGCUCUGCUUAACGCGCUGGGCAGCAGAAUGCAAAUUCCUCUUCUUAGGGUGAAGUCUUGGGCAGAUGCCUUUGGUGGGGAGUUGUACUCCAUCGUGACUAAGUAUUCAGGCUCUCUCCUGUUGCAGAAGAAGUACAAAGAUGUGGAGCCAACUCUGAAGAUCAAAGAGGUGGAUGGCUUGGAGCUGGUGAAGAAGUUCUCGGAGCAGAUGGAAAGCAUGCUCCGCAGGAAGGUUGAAGCUGUUGAGAGGCUGGUGGAAGCAGCAGAAGAUGCAGAUCUGAACCAUGAGUACAACUCCUCGCUGCAGUUUGAUUACUACAACUCUCUCCUGAUUAAUGAGAAGGAUGAAAAUGACAAUUAUGUGGAGCUUGGAGACGAAUUCAUUUUGGAGCCAAAUGAGCAUUUCAAUAACCUGCUGGUGAACACAACAUACAGUGAUAUCCAGCUGCCCACCAAUGUCUACAACAAAGACCCUGACAUCCUGAACGGUGUUUACAUGUCAGAAGCCCUGAAUCCUAUUUUUGUGGACAACUUUGAAAGGGAUCCCACGCUGACCUGGCAGUACUUUGGCAGCUCCACUGGAUUCUUCAGGCUCUACCCGGGGAUAAAGUGGCUACCAGAUGAGAAUGGAGUCAUCUCCUUCGACUGCAGGAAUCGUGGCUGGUACAUCCAAGCAGCCACCUCUCCCAAGGACAUUGUCAUUGUUGUGGACGUCAGUGGGAGCAUGAAGGGUCUGCGGAUGACCAUUGCCAAACACACAAUCAUCACCAUUUUAGAUACUCUGGGGGAAAAUGACUUUGUCAACAUUAUUGCGUACAAUGAUUAUGUUCACUUUAUCGAACCCUGUUUUAAGGGUAUCCUGGUCCAAGCAGACAGAGAUAACAGAGAGCACUUCAAGCAGCUGGUGGAUGAACUGCAGGCAAAAGGAGUGGGGACUGUGAACAAGGCCCUGACAGAGUCCUUCAAAAUCCUGAGGGAGUUCAGAGACGCCGGUCAAGGAGGCUUGUGUAACCAAGCUAUCAUGCUGAUCACAGACGGAGCGGUGGAGGAUUACGAAGCUGUGUUUGAAAAAUACAACUGGCCAGAUCGGAAGGUCCGGGUUUUCACUUACCUCAUUGGACGGGAGGUCACUUUUGCCCCCAACGUGAAAUGGAUCGCCUGCAACAACAAAGGUUACUACACUCAGAUCUCCACACUGGCAGAUGUCCAGGAGAACGUGAUGGAGUACCUGCAUGUGCUUAGCCGUCCCAUGGUCAUCAACCACGACCAUGACAUUAUUUGGACCGAAGCCUACAUGGACAGUGCGCUGCCACAGUCUGAGGAGCUCUUUGCAUCUCAGGCUCAAAGUCUGUUGCUCAUGACAACAGUGGCUAUGCCAGUCUUCAGCAAAAAGAACGAGACGCGAUCUCAUGGCAUUCUCCUGGGUGUGGUGGGCUCUGAUGUACCACUGAGGGAGUUGUUAAAACUUGCUCCACGGUAUAAGCUGGGUGUCCAUGGAUAUGCCUUUCUGAACACCAACAACGGCUACAUCCUUUCACACCCAGACCUCCGUCCUUUGUAUAAAGAAGGAAAGAAACUGAAGCCUAAGCCAAACUACAACAGCGUAGAUCUCUCAGAAGUGGAAUGGGAAGACCAGGAAGAAAUACUGAGAACUGCCAUGAUCAAUGGGGAAACAGGCUACCUCUCUAUGGAUGUGAAGGUCCCUGUGGAUAAAGGGAAACGAGUUCUCUUCCUCACUAAUGAUUAUUUCUUCACGGACAUCAGUGGCACACCCUUUAGCCUGGGCGUUGUGCUGUCCAGGGGACACGGGGAGUACAUUCUGCUGGGGAACACCUCGGUGGAAGAGGGUUUGCACGACCUGCUCCAGCCAGACCUGUCUUUAGCGAAUGAAUGGAUUUACUGCAUCACCGACAUUGAUCCGGACCACCGGAAGCUCAGCCAGCUGGAGGCUGUGAUCCGGUUCCUCACUGGAGAGGAGCCUGACCUGGAAUGUGACGAGGAGUUGGUCCAGGAGGUGCUGUUUGAUGCAGUGGUCACUGCACCCAUGGAAGCCUACUGGACAACACUAGCCCUCAAUAUGUCCAUGGAGGCUGAGUCAGGUGUUGAGAUGGCAUUUCUGGGCACUCGGGCUGGACUCAUGAGGAGUGCCCUAUAUGUGGGCUCUGAGAAAAUUUCCAACAG